CUAUUAAUAGCUAUUUGCAUGAUUGAAAUUGGUGGCAAAUCAAAUGAUUUAGCUAAAUUAAUUUGGGCCGCUUCUGUCCUUAAAGCUACACUGCUCAAAGAAUAUCCAAAAUACGAAAAUGAUUAUUUUUCUAGGAUCAUUACUGGUGGUCGUCCUAAGAUUGAGAAUAACAAAAAAAAUCAAUUCCUUUCCAUUGUCAUGGUAGAUUGGUUACUCCUAAAAAAAAGUAUCAUUAAUUCAAGACUUCACUCAGAGGGGGUAUUCCAAUUAUUAUUAGAAAAAGAAUUUAUUCAAGAAGUGAUGUUAGAUAAAGAUUUCAUAAGAUCAAAUGUUUUUAAAGAGGGUAAGAGCAUCUAUUACGAGUUCACAGAUCAAUAUCUAACCACAAUAGAAAAGGGUACCAACAGAAGAAAUAGCAAUAAGAAUGACACCAAAAAUUAUCAAAAUUUUGAUCACGAUGAUAAUCCCUUACCGACAAAUAAUUCUUCACUUCGAGAAAUCUAUUCCUCCACUUUCGUAACAAAGCCUUCUUAUUGGAGUAAUCUGAGGGAGAAGCGUAAAAGUUUUCAACGAAGUAAAAAAAUGAAACAACAACCCAGUUGGAUUGGUUUAGCAGAUAUUCCCAGUACCGAAAAUGAAUUAGAAAUUAAAGAUGAUAUCACAACAACUGAAAGAUAUUCUAAGACUAAAAAAUAUUCAUUAAUAAACGAAAAUAUGGAAAUAGAUGUUGCCGAUUUGGAAAAUGCUAUCAAUUAUUUAGCCCAAAGAGGGUUGGAUGCUUUAAUAAAAAUUAUCCUUAAAAAAAGUAGGGAAAAUCGGAGUUUACAAGAAUUGGAAUUAAUUUAUCAGGAAAUAUCAGAACUAAAGGCUCUAUCCGGAUUAUCUUUAAUGGUUAAACGUCAGUUAGCCUCGGUUGUAAUGCUGGAAGCAUAUAAUCAUGCCAAAGAUAGAAUCAUAUUUCGUCAAGGAGAUGAGGGAACAUCAUGGUAUGUCAUCAUGAAGGGAAAUGUGGAUGUAGUCAUUGAUGGAAAAGGAUCCGUUUGCACUUUAAAUGAAGGGGAAGAUUUUGGAAAGUUAGCCUUGAUAAAUGAUUCCCCUAGAACAGCUUCCAUAAUUAUCUCAAAUAAUAAUGAAUGUCUUUUGUUGAGGGUUGAUAAAAAUGAUUUUAAUGUUAUUCUUAAGGAUGUAGAAGCAAAUACAGUGCGUUUAAAUGAACAUGGUCAGGAUGUUUUAAUAUUAGAAAAAUCUAGAAUAUUAGAAAGUGUCGAUAAAUAUGUGGAAACUUCAAAUUUUGUAAUACCUACCAUAGAACCAACCCCCCAAGAUUUAAAUAAAAAUUUUGCCUUUUGGUUUAUUGAUGAUUUUAAAAAUCUCUUCUAUGCUCCCGGCAAUUCAAUCAAAGAUAAAAUGUUAGAUUUCGAAUGUGACGAGGGUUCGAAAUUUAAAUCCGUUUUAAUCAAAAUAACACCCCAUUUUUUGAAUAAAUGUAAACUAGGUAAUAAUAAAUUAGGUGAUCAAAGUUGUAACUAUAAUUCAAAUUUUAUGAACAGUGAUGAAAGAAGAGUCAAUGAUCUCAAACUAUCCACCAAUAGCAGUCAAAUACCUAUAAAUACAUUUAAAAAGUUUAAUCCUCAUAAAAAUUAUAUACAAGAUUCAAAUAAUGAUGCUAAAACUCUUAAGAGACCCAGUAGCAUAUCAGGAAUAUUAUUUGAUAAUCAUGAUCUUCAUUUGCAUAAAAACACUUCUCACGCAAGUAUGCCUAAUAAAUAUCAGACUGAUGGCACAAUGAUUGAACAGUCAAAUAACAUUUAUUUAAAGGAACAAAAUGCUCAACUCAAUUAUAACGUUAAAAAAGGUUUAAAUAGUAGUUUUUUGUCUUUCUUUUUAGUUCCUGAUACUGCACUUAAUAGUAGAAAUUUGGAAAAAUGGAAAAGUAUUGAUAACCCAACUCCAACAUUCGAUCCCUCUUUCCAAUCAGCAGACCAAAACUUACAAAAAGCGCAUUUAAUUCAUAAGCCCCAUUCAUUUGACUUUGAUCUUCAAGGAAAAUCUAUCAAUAAACAAGAUAGUCGAUCUUAUAGGUAUUUUGUUAUAGCUGGAACACCAAAUAAAAUGCUGGAAUAUCUUUUGGAGACUAAAAUCAUAAUGUUUGAAAGAGCGUUUAAUUUUAAAGGACUCGAACAAGAACAUGUGAUUUUAGAUGGAUAUGGUCAAAACAAAACUUUAAAUAUAAACUAUACGAAAAACCCGCUCAAAACUAUAGAUACCUUAAGCAGAUCAUUAGGUGAAAAAUUGUUCGACUCUUUUAAAAUUUUCAAACAUAUCUCAAACGAAGACAAAAUUAUUCCAAAACCUUUGUUAAUACCUUUAAAUGUUUCAGUAAAACAUCUGUUGACAAGAAGUUUAUCCACGCAAUCUCAAAUAAAAAAUAAAAGACAUUAUUUUUCUCUCAGCCCCUAUAAGAAGGAACUUAAGGUUCCAUUAAAAAAAUAUGGCAACGCAGAGAAGAAAUCAUUGUCCAGAAAAAUUUCAUUGAUAUCAUCGAGACGUGAUACAUUUGUCGAGGACUUUAUGCUGAUUUAUAUCAUUUUUAUAUCCUGCAAGAAAUUGUGCGAAAUACUAUGGCGGUAUUAUUCGAGGAAUGGAUCCAAAGUUAGACUUUUAAAUUGUUCAACGGAAGUAAACGUAUAUGACAAGAAUACUGAAAGAUAUUUACCAAUUAACCAUGAUGAUUUGACAUUUUGCACCAAUCAAUAUCAAGUUCUCUUAUUCAUAAGAAGAUGGUACUAUAUCUCGGGUACCCUGCCUUUCAUUAUAAUCAACGAUGAACUCCAACAAGAAUAUAAUGACUAUGAAUAUUGCCAUUUUCUAAGAUUUUUUGAGAUGUUACUCGAAAGUUUGAUGUCAUCAUUCAAAGAUAGCAAAUCAGUUAAUGGAAAUAGCGUUGAAGGCAAUAGUGUCUCAUUUGCUAAACAGUUGAGUUUCGAUGACAGACAUCAAGUUGAAUUUCAUAUAUCAUAUUAUUCGGACCUAAUUAAAUCUCAUAUUCUAAAAGAUCUCCAUAUUUAUUCUUCAAUUUUCUCCAUAUAUUUUAGGGAGCAGCCUAUUCAUAAAUUCUCCUCUUUUAAAAACUGCCCAGUUCAUUCAAAUUCUAAUCACAUAUCCUUGAAGACUUGCGAAGUUAUUUCGGAUGAAGAGUCCUUAAAAAACUAUCAAAAUUUGGUUCAUGAAAAAGAUAUUUGUAAUUCCAUUGACGCACCAUUCAAAAUAGGAGAUCAAUGUAUAUUUAGAAUUUAUAUGGAAAAUCUUAGCCACUUAACACUGAGAGCUCCUCUACAAAUAUCGACAAAAUUAAUUCUGUCCAGUUUAGAUAAUAACUAUAAAUUGAAUAAUAUAAAUAAUCGUGAUGAUUACGAUUCCCAGAAGGAUGAUAAAUUUAAGAGCGUAUUGAUUGAACUACAUAGUGAUGGAAAAAGAAAGAUAUUAGAUGAAGAUGAUAUAAAUUUUAUUUCCAAGCUUCCAUACAAUAGCCGAAUUUUCUUCACGAAUAUGUCUAAAAUCCAAGAUAUAAAAGUCUUAGAAGAACAGCACGGACCUGACGUUGGAACAUUCGAAAUACUCGAUUUAAUGAAUUCAAGGGCAUUUGCCUAUUAUCUGACUCAAUAUGAUUGGUGUCUUUUUAAGCAUAUUAUUCCGGCUGAAUUGUACGGUGACAUCUUACCAAAUUUAAAGAAUCGUCUACUGACCGCUAAUUUAAAUUUAUUCCUUAGACGAUUUAACAUCAUACAAAAUUGGGUAUGCACGGAGUUAUGUUUGAUACCACCUUUGCUUUUAAAUAAACGUGUUCAGCUACUUAGAAAAUUUAUCAAAAUUGCUCACCAUUGCAAGGAUUUCCGAAAUUUUAAUGCCUUUUUUGCCAUACUAAUGGGGUUAAAUGAUGUGUGCAUUAGCCGCCUCGCUCAAACUUGGGAAAAACUUCCAAUGAAAUUCAAAAAGUCAUUUGACGAUCAUUUAUUAUUAAUCGAUCCUUCUCGUAAUCACAGAGCAUACAGACUUCAAAUCGCUAAAAUGGAGCCCCCAAUUAUACCAUUCAUGCCAUUAAUUCUAAAAGAUUUAACAUUUGUUCACGAGGGAAACAAAACAUACGUUGAAAACAAAAUGGUAAAUUUUGAAAAAAUGCAUUUAAUUGCCGAAAUAUUGCGCAACGUUAACAAUUAUAGGUCAAGACAUUUUGAUGAAGUACAGAAUAACGAUUUUCAUAUAACAACCGAAUCGACAGCUAAUAUUAUAUUGGCUAAAAUAAAAAACACGAAUUUAUCCAAAGAAGAUUACGAAAAAUAUGUAAGAAAUAUAAAGGUCAUCGAUAAUCAUGAACGAUUGGUGGAACUUUCGUAUAAAAUUGAAAGCAAAAAAAGAUAAUAUAUUGUUCUUUGUGUAUCCAUACUUUAAGAGGAAAUUGUAUUUCAGAAAUAUUUAAACGAAUGAUUUACAAUUAUAUUAUAAAUAUAGCAGUAUAAAAUAUAAUUAUACUCAUCUUAAACAUUGGGCCCAUCC